AGCUGAUAGCUAGCUUAGCUGGAGUCAGGUAACUACUUAUUAUGGAAGCACCUACCCUGUGACCUGCAAAGUCAUUUUGUCCAAUAUCUUCAGCGAUGCUUCAGGAAAGAGAGGAGAUGGUACCUUACCCAUGGAAGGAAUGUUAUAAAGCCAUUUGACAUAAACAUUCUUAUGGCUAGUAGCUGUAGCACUGCUGAAACUGGUGCAGUCAAAUAGUGCUAUUCUUAUUACUAGGGGAUUUCUUAAGCUUUUCUGUUGGCCAGCUUUGCAGUGUGGGUUGAAAUGUAUCCCCAGUUGGAGACCAUGUACCUGUGCCUGUCUGGUUUGGGUUGGUUAUCUUGUUUUGGAGAUUUUGGCACGCUGCUCCUUCAUCCAGUAUCACACUGGCAAUUAUGAAAUCUCUUUGAUCUGUCAAGGCCUUAACAUAGCUUAAUACUCAGAGGAUUUAUGCAGAAUUAAAGCAGUUGUUAACAGUGUUGAAGUGUAGGUUCAGAAGUGCUGUGAGUAACUUGGUUGGAGGUGCCCCACAGUUCUCUCGACAUAUUUAUGUUGCAAACAGCAUGUUUUAAAACAAAACAAAAACAAAACCUUCCUAAUUUGAGAAGGUGAUGGACAGUCUUCCUGUCAGCAAGCAGGUGGAGUUUUUUUCUUUUCCCAUGUACCGAUUUGUGCAAAAACUAAAGAUUUACGCAUUGUAUUGGAUUUUCUUGGGGCAGCUUGCACCUUCACGUGUAAUUAGUUACUAUUUAAAUGCAAAUGGCUGAGCUUUUGAGAAUUUUCUUUCUUUGGAGAAUGUUACGUCACUGAAGGUUUUCUGAUAAAGUCAUCUUGUUGAUGCAAGAAAACUAGUAGAGCACACUUUCCUUAAGAAAGGGGAAACAUGGCAGUCACUGCAUUGAGACAUGUGUCCCAUCCCUGGGGGCAUUCAAGGCCAGGCUGGAUGUGGCUCUGGGCAGCCUGGUCUGGUGGUUGGUGACCCGGCACAUAGCAGGGGGGUUGAAACUCGGUGGUCAUUGUGGUCCUUUUCAACCCAGGCCAUUCUAUGAUUCCAUGAUUUGUGUGUGAACUGAGAACUUGUAUGUAGCAGAAUAAUUUGUAUUGGAAAUAUUGUUCAACUGUUCGUAAUGUUUGGGAGUGGUGACUCUGAAUCUAAUAAACAUCAUUUCUCAAGAUUAUUUUAUGAAAACUGUUUUGAUCACUGGCGUGAAAGGUACAGUAAUGUCACCUUCUUAAAACUCUGGCGGUGAAAUGAGAUUCAGACAUAAAGAAAUGCAGAAAUACAUGCACAUCCUUGAUUAGUUAUAAAAUGGUUUUUGUUCCAAAGGUUUACAAUAUAAGCAGUACAAAAAGAUUAUGCUUUUUUCUUAAAGUACCCAUACAUUGUAGACUAUUCCUUACAAUCCAUAAUUUUCUUUGCAAGCAAUGCAAAGUGUGGGGAACCCUGAUUUUUGCUUAGCACAAUGGUCCAUCUCUGUACAAGAUAUAAUGCUGGGUUGCUAAUGGUGAAAGACAUGACUGUUGUGACAUAAAGCUGUCUGUGGGUUUUCUAUCCUACAUCUGAGAUUGUUUAAUCUUGCUGUUGGAGAUGCUUAAAGAGCCAAUUCUGUAUCUAACUGAGAACAAGCAACCUGAACUGCAAAUGUCCUUUUCUGGGAUGAGCAGUUAGUUAAGGGGUCAGACUCACCACAUAGCAAGAAGGUGUGUGGCCAGUGCAAUUGGGAUCGUAUGCUUGAUUGGACAGGACAGCUACUUCUAGACCUAGUUAAAUUACUUACCUAGUGCUAAGAAUCACUCUUCAGGGAAGGAGGGGAGGGUUAUCAAGCACAGCCAAAAUUACAGAGUUUGAUCAAAUAGGCUAGAAAAUAGGUAAAGACCAUAUAACUGAUUGUUGAAGCAAGUAAGGAUAUCAGAGCAAUCUUGUAAAUAGAUUUGUUUAAUGUGGUGUUUGAAAUUCAUCAUGUUUCAAAUUUGAAGUUCCUAAGAGUAAUCUCAUUAGCGCUUUGAGGGUUGCUUUGUUAGCUAGUGUCUGGUGAGCUUGGGAGGUCUCUGUGAGCAUGGUGGCACUUACUGUGGGAGAUUUAUUGCUUCACCAGCUCUGCCAAUGGCUGUAAGGAAUUGCCUUCCUUACCUGCCCUAAAGGGCUGAAAUCCUCUGCACACCUGAGCCAACAAGAAGACAAAAAGGGACAGUACUGUUGCCUGUAAGCAAACAGACCCAUAUUUGAGUGGCAUAAAUUCCUUUGUUGUGUGUUAUAUGCUACUGCCAUUCCACUGUUAGUAUUUCAUCACUUGAGUUUUCAGAGAAAAUGACCGAUGAGGGACAAUGCUUCAGUAUAAUUUAGGUUAUCUGGCUGCAGCUCCUGCUUCCCACGGUGUACAGGCUUGAAUGCCUUAUCCUUAAAGAGCAUGUGCUUACGUAGAAAUGUUAAUACCUACAACCUAGGUAGAAUCUUCCUUUUUCUCCUCCCUCCCCCACUCCCCUGGCCUGAGACACCCGAGUGUGUUGCUCUGUUGCCAAAUCUCAGAGGCCACCGGGUCGGGUCAUCUCUCCAAGCGCUGAGCCUCCCAAGGUUAAUGCAGGGCAGCGUCAGCCUCAGCCUGGGACAGACUGUCCGAGGCGGUUCGUAGAACAUCUCCCGUCCACUUCAUGCGAGGCUGCUUUCCAGACCUGGCUCCCAAAGCCAGUGUUCUUAGAAGCAGCAUUGCUAUAAUCAGAGCUCUAGUGGAGGCGAUGCCAAAUAGAACAGACAAGCUACCUUAUAUUUCACAGGUCUGAUGAGCGUGGGGAGAGCAGCAGGUUGGAAAUGAUUGUCCUAUAUGUUCAUUCUAUAUACUAGGAAGUAGCAACACUGUCAUGGGUGACGUAAUUUAGUCUAUUAAAUACCAGUUCUUCAGUAGUAGAAUGGUGCUGAACUUACUAAAAAGCCUCUUUAAAAAACAGAGGAAUAUGAUGUCUUACUGUAGUUGAUUUUAUGCUUUGAGUAACAAAACUCAAUUAGUCUGCAUAAUUUCUGUUGGUAGAUACAGGUCUUUCACAGAAAAUAGAUCUUCCAGAGACUGUUGGUGGAGUCAAUAUUGACCAAAACCAAGGAGCUUGGAGUGUGCACUAAAAGAGGAUUUUGGUGGCCAUGUCAGUGGCAGGACCUUGCCUUGGAGGUCAGGAAAAUUUGUGGAUAAGUACAGGCUAAAGAUUCAUUCUCAGGUUCUAUGGGCACCAGUCGAAGAAACGCAUUUUCCAUGUAAGCAUGUAAUUAUCCACCAUAAAGAUCUCAGACCACUGCCAUUUUGUAAUACUAAACUUACUUAGUGGUAGAAGUGGAAAGGAGCUUAGUGUAUGUAUCAAAAAAGAAGCAGACAUAAAGUAAAUGCUUCAUUUUUGUAAGUUCUUUCUAGCAUAAGACAGCUCUGAGAAGUCAUUGCGUUCAUUGAGAAUCUUGUGCUUGUUUCUCUUCUAUAUUUCAAGACUUUAUUUUAGCUGUAAACUGUGUAAACUGUCUCUUAACAGCCGGAGUGGUUUUAGACUCAUUAAAAAUAGAACAAAGCUUUUAGCAUUUCUAAGCCUGUCAGUUGGAUUUGCUUCUUGCUAGCUGAUUAAAAGGCAACAAUCAUGAUGCACUGGAUUUCUUCUACCAUAAUAAAUGAUGCUAUGGUCCAAAGAGUGCACACUGUGGAAUAUACUACCCAUUUUCUCUGUGAGGAGAAUCUGGGAGACAGCAGAAUUCUUGCAGAAGUGGUUAAUUUAUACUAAAAGAGAACUGUUAUAAUGAAACAAAUUUAGUUUGACGUAACUCUUGCCAAAUUAUGGGUACAGUAGGGUUGCAAGCCCUGCUAAUACCAGUUUUACCGACACUAGGCUAUAGAAGUGGCAUCUGCAAAGCUAGCGUGUAUGCAUGCUGAAGGGUUGCAUUGCUAACUCCAGUAUACAGAGAAAAGUCUUUUACAAAUAGGCUGCUGUUGCCAAAUCGGCUGGGAGGAUGCUAAUCGUGGUCCAGCUCUUGCAACAGUAGUAGUUCUUUUUUCUGGGAUUUGGGACUGAAGAGCCACUUAAAAAAAAAAAAUAGUGAAACUGACUAGUAGCUAGUGCUAUCUCCUGGUGUGAAGCAAUACUGCCAGGGUAGCAGCUGUACUGCAGGUAAUGACAAGUCCCAUAACUAGGAAUACUCCUUAAAAUAAAUCUGAAACACCCUCAGAAAAUAACUUUCUGGCUCAGCUAUACCAGCGUGUUGUAUAACUGUAUCAGUCCGUGUAUUUAAGAAAGCUGUUUUCCCCGAUGAAGGAGAAGAAAUGCUUUUCUGACUGUGGGCAUGCGCACUGUGGGGUUUAGGUGUUGACAGGCUCCAGAGCCCCAAUUUUUGCUGACUUGAAGGACCUUCUGGGCAGUGGGGUAUUAAAACCCAGAAGGGGGUCAGGAGAGAAGUUCUUCCAAGGACAGACUGGCAAGCAUUUCUGCCUUCUGUGUAUCAUGGGAUGUAAUAUAAUUCCUGUGAUCACAACUUCAUUUAACAAAUUCCCUGCCACUGCAGAGACGUAAACCAUGGACGCAGGACAAUGUAGAUCAGACUUCAGCUCAUGGUCGGCGGGAUCUGGUGGAACCAGGUUUCCAGGAACCAUCUAAUCGCAUGUCCCUAAAUCACCAAGGCAGCUUUGGUACAAGCACUUACAAUUCUGAACCAGACCCUGCUUUCCACAGCCUAUAAAAAUGGUGAUUAGCUUCCUCUGAGGCAUCUGAAUCUUUUCUACACAAACUGGAAAAAGAGCAUGCAAGUGGAGACUGAGAUAUCCCUGCCAACUGUCCCUGCAUGAAUAAGCUCUUUCUUGUGAAGGGUAUUUCAAAUGACGAUGUGGACCUGGAAGCUUUGGUAAAUGACAUGAAUUCAUCAUUUGAAAGUUUGUACUCGACGUGCAGUAUGCAGUCAGAAACCACUCCGCUCCUUCAGAAUGGCCAGCUUAACCGCAGCCCACUGCCCACCUCAGGAUCCAGCGCCCUGCAGCCCACGUCUCCCAGGCAGAAGGUGCAGCGGUCUCAGCCCGUGCGCAUUAUGGCAGUCAGGCGUCUACAAGAAGAAGAACAGCAAUUCAGAACAUCGUCGUUGCCAGCCAUACCAAAUCCAUUUCCAGAACUCUGUAGUCCUGCAAGCUCUCCCGUGCUGGCCCCUGGAUCUUUACCUCAGAGUCAACCUGCUAAUAAGCAUGAUGUAAAAGUCUUUAGUGAAGAUGGAACGAGCAAAGUGGUCGAGAUUCUAGCAGACAUGACAGCCAGGGACCUCUGCCAGCUGCUGGUUUACAAAAGUCAUUGUGUGGAUGAUAACAGCUGGACUCUAGUGGAGCAUCACCCUCACCUAGGAUUAGAGAGAUGCUUGGAAGAUCAUGAGCUCAUAGUUCAAGUUGAGUCCACAAUGGGAAGUGAAAGUAAAUUUUUGUUCAGGAAGAAUUACGCAAAAUAUGAAUUUUUCAAAAAUCCCAUGAAUUUCUUUCCAGAGCAAAUGGUUGCCUGGUGCCAACAAACAAAUGGCAGUAUUCCACAGUCACAACUUUUGCAGAACUUUCUAAACUCCAGUAGCUGUCCUGAAAUACAAGGUUUCUUGCAUGUGAAAGAGCUGGGUAGGAAAUCGUGGAAGAAAUUGUAUGUGUGUUUGAGAAGAUCAGGACUUUAUUGUUCUACAAAAGGAACUUCAAAGGAGCCAAGACAUUUGCAAUUGUUGGCUGACCUAGAAGACAGCAAUAUCUUCUCAUUGAUAGCAGGCAAGAAGUUGUACAAUGCACCUGCAGAAUAUGGAUUUUGUAUAAAGCCCAACAGAGUAAGAAAUGAAACGAAGGAACUGAGGUUGUUGUGUGCUGAAGAUGAGCAAAGUAGGACAUGCUGGAUGACUGCCUUUCGACUCCUCAAGUAUGGAAUGCUGCUGUAUCAGAAUUACAGAAUUCCCCAGCAGAGAAAAGCCAUGCUUCCACACUUUUCCACUCCAGUAAGAAGUGUAUCUGAAAACUCACUAGUAGCAAUGGAUUUUUCGGGGCAAAUAGGAAGAGUUAUUGAAAAUCCUGUUGAAGCACAGAGUGCUGCCAUGGAAGAAGGACAUGCUUGGAGGAAACGUAGCACAAGAAUGAACAUCUUGGGUAGCCAAAGUCCACUCCACCCUUCCACACUGAGUACAGUUAUUCAUAGGACACAGCAUUGGUUUCAUGGCAGAAUCUCCAGAGAAGAAUCUCACAGGAUUAUUAAGCAACAAGGGCUAGUAGAUGGGCUAUUUCUUCUCCGGGACAGCCAAAGCAAUCCAAAGGCAUUUGUACUUACGCUUUGCCAUCAUCAAAAAAUAAAGCAUUUUCAAAUCUUGCCGUGUGAGGAUGAUGGACAGAUAUUUUUCAGCCUGGAUGAUGGGAACACCAAAUUCAGUGAUCUAAUCCAGCUUGUUGAAUUCUAUCAACUAAACAAAGGAGUCUUGCCCUGCAAACUCAAACACCACUGCAUCCGAGUGGCCUUAUGACCUCAAAUUUGACUCUCACUGAAGACUGGAUUUGCUAGAAGAGUAAUUGUAAGAGAACGUUGAUACUGGGGAAUUGGCAGAUUUGUAAGUUGGUAAAAAUAAAUAAAAAUAUUAUGCACCUUGGGACUCUGAAAGGGAUGGAUUCGACAGGUGCCAACAGACCGACAUUACUGGUUUGUCUAACACCUAAGAGUGAUUGCUGCUGAGUGUCCCAGCAUCCCAAAAAUGGGGGGGAGGGUAUGUAAAACCAUUAGUAAAUUUGAAGCAAAACUGGAAACUAUCUUGGCUGGGCCACUUAACAGGAACAAGUGUGAAGAGAAAUGUUUGAAAAGAACUCUUGCCCUGGAAUAAUCUUGACAAUUAAGACUAGUGUGUUUACUUUUUGUAUUGAUCACUUUUUUUGCACUCCUACGUUGUUUUGGAUAUUGUAUGCAGCCUAUAUUAGGAGCUGAUGUGGCUUUUAAAAUUCAUGCAGGAGUUGGGUAUUAAUCUGCACCCUAAAAUGUAUGGAAUGCUUCAGCCUAAACGGAUCUAGAAGAAAAUCAAGAAGUGUGCGUGUUGUGUGUCUGUACGUGUGUGUGUGCGUGUGUGCGUCUCAAAACUUCUCUGGAGACCUGAGGUUCCGUGAUCUGCAGAUGUCUUUGAAGAAGCAAUGAGGAUACAAUUCUAAAAGAACAUACCACCAUGUGUGUACUCUCAAAACCGUUGACUUGUAGCAUUAUGGCUGUAGUAUGUUGGUGGCAUAUUAGUGGCAUCCAGUCAUGCAAAGACUGUAUUAGAUUCUAUGCACAAACUUUUAUUAUCGAAGUGGUGAUUUGUUUUUUACAGCCUUUUGACUGUUUUCCUGAGGAAACCUACUGUUACUAAAUAGAAUAGGACUGAAUGACAAUUGUAUCUGAAACCACCAUUUUUUUUUGUGAGAAGAUUCUUCUGCAGGUAGUCUUAGUAUGAGAAAAUGAAAACAAAAACAAAACGAAACAAAAAAACCCCAGUGUUUUUAGCUUUAUAGCUCCGUGAAUUUUUGGACUGUUUCAAAGAGCUGUUUCCAUACUGUAAAGCUACAGUGACACAAAGCUCUCUUGGGGAAUAGGGCAUAGAAGAAGUAUCUCCCUUCUGCUUUCGGUAUGGCCAUGAAAGUUUGCGUGGUGAGAAAGAACAUACUGGGAAUGGAAACUCAUUUCAUUGGGAUUUGCAAUUGUGAACCAGCUGCUGGCAAUACCAUCCACGGAGGUAACUGGUGAUUCCUGUGUUGUACACACUAAUGCACACCAGAACCUACUGCAGACAAGCAUAUAUCCUGCUCCGGUGCUGGUUUGUCAUCAGAAUCACUUUAUUGUUAAUGCUUAAAUCAAUUAUUUAAUGUUUACACAAUGAUUCUUUCUGAUGAUAAAUCAGUACUAAAAUUAAACGAGUCCCCUUUUACUCCUUUAAUUGCAAAUAGCAUUCUUCGAACAACACAGUCCGUGCAGGAACUGUUACUGAAUUAGCUUUCCAACACUUCAUGCAGUUAUCCACAGUGUGAAAUAUUUCACCCUGGGAACUUUCAGAACGUAGCGCAGAAUGGAGCAUUCUUGAGACGGUGAACAAUUUACACAGACUCGUUCAUCCUUACUGAUGUUUGCCACUGGGUUUGAAAUCCUAGCCAUCGGAAGGGGUAGACAAGGAAGAAAAUUCCACACCUUUAGGUCUUCAUGUAGUGUUGAGAACAGCUUAAGACAAACCAUAACCUGCCUGAGUCGUCCAUAUCAGCUUAUAACUAUGUCAAUGGUAUAGAAACACUGUAUUUUAGUUUACAGAACACAUUUAGUAUUUUUUUUUCCAUUUAAUGUCUAGAUAUAAAAAUGAAGAAACUUGAUUUUGUUUUUAGUAUAAACCUUUUUUUUUUUAAUUGUACAUAGUGAAACGAGUGUUCCUGCUUUCUAGACAAUGUAUUUUAAAACCUUGAAAUUAAGCUAACUUAAGUCUGACUUCACUUUGCAUGCUUCUAUUUGGCCCCUAUUAGGAGAAAAACGAUACUUGUAUUGACUACAUUACCAGUUUAAUAAGACCAUUUAUGCUGUAGUUUUAAGUUUUUCUGUUUACAUAGCUUAGUGACAGCCAUGCAUUUUUCCCAGUAGGCGGAUAGUACUUGCAGUGUUUCAUAUUUAUAAAAAAAGAAAAAAAGAAAAACUUGCAUCUUAUUUAAAUUGAGAAUAAAAGUUUGACUAUGAAUCAUGAUUUUUGUAUGUAGAUGGUUGACUUAGUAUUUUGUACUUUUCCCAGCUAAAGUGAGCUGUUUUGAGAAAGUGACCACCUUCAAAGUGGCAACAAUCUUACUUAAGCAGAUCACUGCUUUGUCUUCUUUCUGCUGGAAAACAGUCGAUACCACCUUAGUUUUCCAACAGAUUCAGCUGGCUGCCAGCUCAGAAUACCAAGGACUGAAGGACAUUUGACUCUUAUUUUUGUAUUUAAAUGACAUGAAUGUAAAGGGGAUGCUCAGGGUUGUUUUGGAGCCUGUUGAAUUUUUAUCUUUUUGCCUGUGAUUUUAUUUUCUAAAUAAAUACUUCAUGUAGCAAUCUUGAAUAUGUUGAGAAGGAAAAUGCCAAACCAUUUUGGUAAUGAGGUUACUAGUUAAGUUAUGUUAUGAUAGGUGUUAAAAGUACAAAAAACUUUUUAUUUGUUAAUUAAUCUUGAAGAAACACGUGCCUCAGUUUAGAUGUUUUGUCUUAUCUUUUCUGCACUAAAUACCUGACAGUUUGACCAAUCAAUGCACCUUUCCAGUGGCAAGACUUGCUUAUCGUAAAUUAUAUUGUCACAAUGCAAGAUUUAGUGACUGUAAAAUGGAAUAAAGUUUAAAGUUUCAGGGAAUGCAAAAGGUAUUAACUUAAGAGACAAAACCUUUAUUCAAUAUGCUUUGCUUCAUACUGUAAAUAGCUUUUUGGCUUGUGAACCUAAUUGUAAUCUUUCAGGUAUUUUUGUACAAAUAAGGGACUGAUAUUCUGUUUCUUGUAAUUAGAAAUAAACGUUAAUACAAUGCUAUUCAUUUUA